AUGAAAGGAAUUCAAGACAAUAAUAAUUUCCUUGUAGUAGAAAACAAAGUUGAUAUUCAAUUGACUAGCUCUGGUUGGUCUCCAUCUGCUUUUAGUGAACAGGAUUUCUCCGUAGAAAAAAAGAAUGCGGUUAACAAAGCUGUCACUGGAAAUGCUUUUGGAUCCUUAAGGAUGAAAGAUUGGAGCAGAAAUCAAAAUGAAAGAUUUAAGAAAAUUGAUGAAUUUGGUAGAGUGGGGAUCGUCGAAACACUUACAAGAAGUGAAUUAUGCGAACUAUAUGGACUGAAAUUCAGCGAUUUAAGAGACUUUGAUUCACGUGCUAAUGUACCCUUGAUUAUAAACAGCGGUACUGUCAUCAUUUUGAAUAUCUUGAAUUUAAGAGCAUUAAUUACGAUUGAUUCUAUUUUAAUCUUCGGAGAAAAUCUCACUGCAGAAAAUAAUACCACUUUUUUUGAUCGGAGUCAAUUAAUUUAUCAACUUUCUUCUAUCAAUGACCAAUUUCAAUCUUCACAUGAAAAAGAGAAUCUUAUACCAUACGAAUUCAGAGCACUUGCUUGUUGUUUGGAUACGGUUUGUUGUGGAUUAGAAAAUGAGUAUGCUCACAUGAAUGCAGAAGUUCUUACUCUUAUAGAUACUUUGAACGCUAAAAUUCAAGCUGAAGGUCAAAAAAAUUUACUAUUACUUUCACAUCAAAUCGAUCAUUUAUUAGCAAAAAUUCAAAAGAUCAUCAAUUGUUUCAAAUGGAUUUUAGAAAAAGAGUCAAUUUUACAUAGCUUGCAUUUAUCCAAUCCAGUUGAUCAUCAAAACUACACCUCUACCGAAUUAGAAAUCUUAUUAGAAUCAUGUUUUCGGUUUUUGGAAGAUUUAAAAGAAAAAGCUGAACUAACUAUUUAUCACAUCAAAAUCACGGGAGAAUUGAUCGAUUUAAACCACAACCAUAUUCAUAAUACACUCACAGCCAUGGAAACCAGAGUAGGAAUCUUCACCUGUGGAGUAGGAGGUGCAGCUUUAGUUGGAGGUAUGUUUGGAAUGAAUUUAACCCAUGGUUAUGAAGAAGCUCCUUUUGGUUUUAUAAUCGUAGUGACCAUUUCAAUUUUUGUUGCUACUAGUGGGAUCGUUUGGGGUAUGAUGGUUUUAGAUAAAGUGAUUAAAGGGUCUAGAAUCAAUUUACCUAGGUUUCCUAACGGGACUGCGACUGUUGUACCUAUCGGAUCUGACUCUUGA